GGUCGCUCGCGCGCCGCCGAAACGGUUACCGGGAGCUGGUUCCCCGUCGCCUGCGGAGUCUCUUAACGGAUAUCAGCACGAGAGGAGGUAGUUGCACGAGAGUUGCACGAACUUUGCAAAUGUCAAGAAUGAGCGGCGCAACACUUUGCAGAAAGUUACUUUACUUGAUUUGCGUUUUAGUUUGUCUUACUGCACGGGUGGAUUCAGCACGCGAUGUCAGGACCGGACGGUAAGCAAGAGCUGAACGUCAAAACUUCUCAAGUUUGUGCGGCUACAGAUUUGCAGCAUCUUCCAGUCCACAGCAGUGGUGGACCGAAAGCGGACGCAAGGGGGCGCGAUGUGGCGCGCCAGCAGCACUCAGACGGAAAGACGAGUGAGCCAACAGAUGGAGAGAACUUGCGCGGAGAGCCACGGGUCCCGUGUCCUGCGACUUUAACCGUGCGUGCACGCCCACAGCGUGCGACCACGUCUCGGCCCAGUCAGGGGCACGAGGCCGAGCCGGCUUUGACCGUGCAGGUGAUCGCUGCUGGCGGCGAUAGCGGAGAUGGACCGGAGGAGGAAGCACGUUGCCAGACGCAAAGUGCGGCGAGUCCCGCAUGUGCGGAUGCGCGCGUGGCCAAAAAAAGGCACAGACGGCGACCCUCAAAGAAAAAGCGCCGCUGGAAACCUUAUUAUAAACUCUCGUGGGAGGAGAGGAAAGCGCGCGAUGAGCGCGAGGCUGCGCGGGCGUGGCGCGCGCGGGCAGAGAUGUUUGCGAAAGGACUGCCGGUGGCACCCUACAACACUACCCAGUUCAUCAUGGAGGAGCACGACCGGGAGGAGCCCGACCUCAACCCAGACAUACACGGCAGGGGUCUGCUCGGGGCCUGCCGCGCGCACGACCUGGCAGACGAUGGAGACGGCGACGGCGGCGGGACAUCGGGCCACGCGCGGGGGGAAUACCUCCAGCGAGACUUUUCGGAGACGUAUGAGAAGUACCACGCCGAGAGCCUGCAGAGCAUGAGCAAACAGGAGCUCGUGCGCGAGUACCUCGAGCUGGAGAAGUGCAUGUCCCGUCUGGAGGAGGAGAACGCGCGACUGCGCGCGCCCGGCACGGAGCGCGUCAGAGCGCUGGAGAGCGAACUAGAUGCGCUGCGCGCGCAAAACGGAGAGCUCCGUCUGCAGGGCUUCGGAGACGGACGCGCGUCUAAUUAAGUAAUUAGUCGUGCCGUGAUCCGUGAGACGGGAAUCUGAAGCACGUUGGGCUUCGGUGAACUAUGACCUAAAGAUCUCUGUGCUACUCCAUUACCGGGUUUGGAAUAAGAACGUACCUGUGGUGUUUUUUUGCUUUAUUUUGAAGCGGAACAUGACAGUCAACCCCCGAAAAUUACGUUAUUACACUGCCCAGCCACUGCCUAGUCUAAAGUUCUAACGCACAAAUCCGUCCCAGUGCGAGGAAACGGGGGUACCGAGGUCCUGGCACUCAGCCUCCGUUGUGUUGGGAGGUGGUGGUGUGUCAGCAGCGCGAGCCAACAGGAGCGCACGGAGUAUUAUUAAG